AUGUCCGUCAUCGACAUCACCUCCAAGGCCCAGUUCGACUCCCUCAUCAAGGACAACCCCUACGUCGCCGUCCAGGCCCACGCCGAGUGGUGCGGUCCCUGCAAGGCCAUCUCGCCCAUGUUCAAGAAGCACGCCGAGAACUUCACGCUGCCGAGCCGCUACGUCUUCGCCCGCUUCGACACCGACGAGGUCCGCGACCUGGCCCAGGAGCUCGGCAUCCGCAGCAUCCCCGCCUUCUACUUCUUCGAGAAGGGCGAAAAGGCGGCCAACCUCGCCGGCGCGAACCCGACGGCCCUCUUGAAGCAGGUGGAGGAGUACGCCGAAAAGGCAAAGGCCGCCGGCGAUGCCGUGAGUGCCCUACCCAGCCAGCCGCCUCCCCUCCUUCGUCUCCCGUCUGGGCUCUAA